AUGGGAAUAGAAGGAUCACAAGGUUCAGGCCAGAGAAAGGAACUGGCCUGCCCAGCCAAUGCCUCUCUACCAGGAAGUUCACUACUGACUAUCCCAAGCACACUGGGCCCCUACCACAAGCCAGUGCUGCAUGGGAUGGGGACAGAGGUAUCGCACUGUAAGGCCCUUCGCUUCUUUCGUUCAGAAGUUGGAUAG